UUUUCAGUCAUCUGGCUAACACUUUGACUUUCCAUUAAUUUUCUAAGAAUGAUGCAGAAUGAGAAUAACAUUUCUUUCACAGUAAAGCAUGGAUUUUUAAGGGGCCUCCUUUUUCUUGCUGGGUUGACCUCUUGUUGAGGUGCCUCUCGACAGCCCAUAGUGUAGUACAGUGCUAAUGUCAGCAUUUCACAGCCUAAUAGUUUAUGGGGAAGGAAGAAUUAUUUCAUGAGAAACAGAGCUGUUGGCAGAGUAAAUUUUAGGUGAAUGAUUGACAAAGUCAGACCUAACCUACUUAAACACAGUGUGGGAGGAUUUUUUUCUGGCCUUGAUCCCAUGUCAAGUCAUGUGAGCCAAAUAGUUCGCCUCUGACCUGACUGGAAGGAGAAAAAUGUCAUUUUAUAUGUAACAAAAUGAACAUGUUUACACUAAAACAGACUAUGAUCUAUUGCUAAAUGUGGUGUCCAACGCACUGCAUUACUACUUGGACUGCAUUACUGCUCCCUUUAAGCAGGAGGACCAGUUGAUAUUGGAGGUGUGGUUGAUCAUUAACAGGCAGCUCCAAUUUAUUUUGUACUGUGAUGCAGUCAGGCAGCACUUCACUUCCUUCUGGGAGACCGUAAAUACCUGUCAGCUGCUGUUUCUAGAUCAACUAUGUACCAGUACCUUCAGUCUCAGUCCAGCAGAAAUGAAGGUCCAGUGAGUCCGGCUCACCUAAGGGCGGCCAGAUUUUUGGUUUGUGCAGCGGAGCAGUCCACAUCAACGUAUACGACCUGCCACAGGGAAUCUACACAACCGUGUCUGUCCAUGAACCAACGAGACCGGUACUGUCCAGUCUGCCUGCAGAUGGUUAGCUUCCCUGUCCAGACAAACUGUGGCCAUUUGUUCUGUGCUCCCUGUCUCAUCACCUACUGGAGACAUGGGUCAUGGCUAGAUGCAAUCAGCUGCCCACUCUGCAGAGAGAAGGUCAGUGUGUUGUUCCAUUUAUUCAACGAGAGCCGAUCGGACCAACAGUCAAAGGAGGUUCUUGGGAAAAUCACAGACUACAACAAGCGUUAUUCUGGAGCCCCACGACGGGUAAUAGAUUAUCUGUGCGACACCCCACUUCUCCUGCAAUUAGCAGCUCGUGGCCUAAGCACCAUCGGGGGGCUCGUGUGGCUGUUUUUAUUCAGGGUGGCCCUGUGUUGCGUGGGGACCAUGGUGUCCAUCUCCUCCCCUACUCUGGAUUCAGUCUCUUCAUCAUCAGCUACUACCCUGGAGACAGACUCCUCCCUCUGUGGACUGCUGGGGGUCCUGGAUGACCUGGUGGUGGUCAUCCUGCUUCUUAUCUGUGUUAUCAACAUCAACCAGCAAGUAGCACCAGAGGGAGGACGACACUCUGCAAAUGCUACAACCUCACAAGACCUAAUGGGGAAUUCACUGUAAACAGAUGUCUCUGCAGUGUCAGAACAGCCUGUUAGACAUGGACUUUUAUUGGAUUCCUUUCUUCGGGCUGUAGCUAGUUGGAUUAGUGGAAGCAGGAAUAACAGCUCAGCAUGCAACAGUGAUUAUGUUAGCUGGCACAUGGUCCUCAGGCUGUCAAGUGUUUGCAGAGCCUUUGCAG